UGUGUGUAACAUGAGCAGGAUAAUGGGAGUGAAAAGGCACUGUGGUUCACUGCUCUUCCACACAACGCCAUCACUCCCUGCUUUGCGCGCAGCUAAGAGUGGCAAAGAUGCUGCCUAUUUCCCAACUGCUGUCUUUAGCCAUGCUUUCAUUUCCCGUUUAUAACGCGGUGUACACGGGUCCUCUACAGGCUGAGAUAUCAAACGGCAGCUUUCACCACUUCUUCGUUCCCGACGGCGACUACGAUGACACCGAGGACCCGGAGAGAUGCCAGAUGCUGUUUAAGUGGCUGGACCCGUCGCCGUGUUUAGCGGAAGAGGAGCGGGACUCGGUUAUCCGCGACGACUUUAUCAGCGUCAAGCAACAAGUCGAGGACUCGGCACGAGUUCUGGAGAGUCUCGAGAGAAGUAUCUCAUACGAUCUGGAUGGAGAGGAAACGUACAGCAAGUACCUAAGGAAAGAGAUAGAUCAAAUCACUGAGGCUUUUUCCGGCGUUGAGAAAUCACUCAUCGAGCUCGAGGUGAAAUUCAAGCAAGGUCAAGAUUCAGAGCAGAAAGAGGAGCUGGAGUUUACUAAAACCCUGAUGAACCCCAUGCAGAGUGUGAGGAGCUCCCUGCAGGAGACAGUGGACAUCUCCUCCGGCCUCAAGGACAAACACGAGCUCAUCUCUCUCAUCAUCCGUAGCCAUGGCACCAGGUUAAACCGACUUAAAAACGAGUACUUGAACAUUUAGUGGUCUAAGAAAACUGAUUAUUUAAGCUGUUUUAGACUCUAAAUGGUUUGAAGCAUUGGUGUAUCCUUCUUAAAACCUUAACUCACAUAGGUACAUGAAAAGAUAUGGGCUGGAAAGAUGUUUCUGAAGACUCCUCAGGAAAACAAUGCACCUGAACAUUGUAAAUCAUUUUCAGUUACUAUGUAAACAGCAUCAUGAACUGUUUGUACUAAAUGACACUAUGGCACACACUACAGCCACACUGACUUCUGAAUUAUUGAGUAAUUUCCAUUUAAAAUAUGUUUACUUCUUAUACUUUUGUGAUUUCUUCAUGCUUAUAGCACGUCUAAUUCAUAAGCCCUUACGAAACUUUACGAGACAAAACCUGCCAUUAUUUUGUUUUGUCCACACAGUUUUGUCCAAUUCAUAUUUCAAAUGUGUUUAUAUAACCCAAGGAGGUCAGUAGGGAUUUUUCCCCCCAGAUUGAUUGAAGCCUAAACUAAGAGCAGAACUGGUGGUGCUCAGGAAGCUGGUGCAGAGAGAAGCUAUUUCCUCUGCCAUAUAGAAGUGUGUGUACCUUCUCCCCUUACAACACAUGGAAGAAUGAUUAAACUGAGUAAUGUAAA